AUGAGUCGGCAAAAUAUUCUAGUACAACCCACGGUCCAGCAGCUGGUCACUAGGCCAGAGGAUGACUGGACUGGCAAGGCUGAUCCAAAAGAAAGAAAACGGCUUCAAGAUCGAAUCAAUCAGCGGAAUCUUCGACAAAGAAAGAAGGCUGGAUACUCGCACCCUGAGUGUGAUUUACACUCACCCAGAGAUUUAUCAAAUGCGAAUGAGGUUCCCUAUGAGCCACUGGGCGAACAGAACAUUUUACCGCCUCACCAUGGCCACCAUCUUGCCACCUGCUCUUGUCAACCCAAGUUCUUGAAUAUUGACUCUUUCACGGCCUGCGAGCCGGACUCUGAAAAGACCGAGCAAUUCAUUCUUGGUUACUCCAAUUGGAUGCAUGGAGAAUAUCUUAAAGGCUCCCCCCGCGCGGAGACCCUGCUCAGUUUGGUCCAGUUUAACAUGACCCGCGCGUUAGUGGCCAAUGCGAAAACUCUUGGCCUCACAACACGACUCAUGUCUCGUCAAGCCCGCUCUCACUUCGCAUCGGCGGGUGUCGAAACCACAUUUAUCGACUCUUUACCACCGAGUCUGCAGCCAACAAUUUUCCAACUCACCAUUCCCCAUCAUCCGUGGAUUGAUCUUCUACCUGUUCCCGAGCUCCGCGAUAAUUUGCUGCACCGGAGCCCGGAUUUAUACGAUGCCGCACAACUUUGCCGCGAUAUGAGAGGAUUUCAGCAAGUGACUGGUGGAAGGGGAGGUGUUGCAGUAUGGGGACAGUCGUGGGAUCCACAUGGUUGGGAAAUUUCCCCAGCCUUUGCGCAGAAAUGGCCAUGGGUCGUCCAGAAUUGCCAUAGUCUGCUUGAGUCGACAAACCAUUGGCGAAGGACUCGGGGUGAAGCCCCUUUACGUGUUUGGCAUGACACAAGUAUCACUCAAAAUGGCCCUUCAAGGGUACAAGAAGCAGUCGAACAAGAAAGGUGA